CACUUAACAUUCAGAGUGGUUAGAGGGAAUUUAAAAAAAUAUGAAAUAGAAAUUCUUGAUUAUUCACAAUUUCGCCGAGAUAAACCUCUUGGAAUAGGAGCAUCUGCAGAUGUAUACUUGAGAAUUUUUCAAGGAAAAGAAUAUGCAUUAAAAUGUUUAAAGC